AUGUUGGCCAGCUCGGCGACGCCCUUCUCCGUCAAGGACAUCCUCAACCUGAGCGACAGCGGCGUCGAUGAGCUCGACCCGCAGGCACUGCUGUACCAGGCGCAGAGCCUCGAGAAGGCCUUUUUCGAGGAGGCCUGUCACGAAGGACUGCUUGACGCGGACGCACUGCUGCUGCCGGCAGCUGCCGACUCGGCGGCGGCAUCGACAGCUGGCGGUGGCCAGUGCGCACCGCAUCUCUGCCUGCCCUACCACGCAGCCUGUUUCGAAGGAGGUCCCGGGUUCGACCCCGGCUACGCGCAGCACGACGAGGCGCCGACGUCCCACCUGGCGCAGCACUGCGGGAGCGUCCGCACCGAUAUGCUCUGCCAGCAAUUACCGAGUGACGCAAAAUCCAAUGUCAUCCGGGAGAACAGUGGCCGGCCACGCAAGAGAAAGAAGCCGCGGGUGCUCUUCUCGCAGUCGCAGGUGUACGAGCUGGAGAGGCGCUUUAAGCAGCAAAAGUACCUAUCGGCACCGGAAAGGGACCACUUGGCGAAUGCCCUGAAGCUUACGUCAACUCAGGUGAAGAUCUGGUUCCAGAACCGGCGCUACAAGUGUAAACGGCAGAAGCAGGACAAGUCCCUGGAGAUGGUCGCGGCAGCCACCGUGCGCCGCGUCGCUGUGCCCGUGCUGGUGCACGAUGGCAAGCCGGCUGCGGUGCCGUUCACUCCGUCCGCCUAUCCUAUGCACCCGUAUUUUGGCGGCACCGCGACCCUGGGCCCGCCACCGCCGCAGCCGCCCACCCAGCCAACAGAAGCCCUUUUGUACCCAGCCAUGGUGGGCCACAAGCCUCCCUCGGCCACAGCCAUUAAGUCUUGGUGAACGCCCGAAAACGGCGCACAUCGUGUGGGUUUCGCGCUGCAGGGACUGCUGCAGUGUACAUUAUUGUGGCACCAUUCAGAAUCUUCGAAAGGAAAGCUUCGCAGCUUUCUAGUGCAAGCGACAACCUGUAUACCUAUAGGGACGAGGCUGAGGAAGAGAUAGCGUCCCAGUGGCAAGAGCAGCCAUCUUGUAUUGUUCAGUAUUUAAAUAUCGAUGGCCAUACAGACAGAGCAUAACCACAGGCUUCGUAUCAAAUUUUUACGCAACCAUAAUGGUACUGGGGAAGUCAAAGUGAAUGAGCUAUCGACAAACAGAGGCUGCUGGUGAUAAUUUCUGUGUAAAAAAGAUUAUAAGCCUUUGAAAACUCAAAACAAAUUGUAGCAGUAGGCACAAUACAUAAAAAAAGAGUAAACAUCCAACUAGGUCGCAUUUGCAUAAUCGAAAUCAGGCAUAUAUUUGACGAAUGGAAAGGUACCCACCUUCGAUUCACGUAAGUUACUGCUUUAGCGUGCCACGCCACUGCCGCAACAAGAGUGCCUUAUAAUCUUAAAGACAGUGUAUAGCUGUUGGCGAGGAGAACGCAAUGCAUUUGUUUAUGAUAGCAACGUUGAAGGCGAAUUCUGAGCCAGUAUCUGCGCACCGCUAGUAUAAGAGUCAAAUAUUAUUUUGAAAUGUUCCUCAUUCAGAGACUCAUCACGUUGUUUUAAAUACCUCUCAAACAUUUUUAAUUUAGGAGACCGAAUCUCAAAACUUCUUCAACAAUUCUAGCAGAAAUGGGCGAUGUAGUUGCGGCGAUAUCCUUUCAUGACAUCGCCAAUGUCUGAAAUGGCAUUAAAUAUGUUGAAUACAAGUUUUAUUAUGAGCUGGUCACACCAUCUGUUUACAUGAAGCCCAGUUCGCACGAUAAAUAUGCUGUUUAAGUGAUAUGACGGCCAGUCGGUGGUCGCUUCAGGAAAAACACUGUAUGCAUCUACAUUCUUGUGUAUAAGCUUUCAGUAACACAACUAGUCGGACAACCUAUAAUACUGUACUUGCAUACUCCAGGAGUAGAAAUGUAAGCUUGCUUCAUAUAUGAUAGGCUCAAUUACAGCCUUUAUCUGUACUCUUCCCACAGAUAAUGUGGUAAACACAACCCAGAUGUUGCGUAUAGCGUAUGUACGACUAUAAAUAUCUGUUUUGCUUCCA